AUGGUUGAAGCUGGGGCCAAUAGAAGGGCUAAAAGGUAUGCAUUAGAGAUACGUCAGUGGCUUGAUAGCCUACUUAACGAUUCAGAUUUAUUGGAGUGCAUUGAAUUCGAAUCAGAGUAUACCGUUGAAGGUCUAUCAAGAAAGGUCAAAGAAUAUAAGAAGGAGAAUGAUUUAUAUAAGAAGGAAAUUGAAGAUUUGAACCUUAAGGUACAAGAAGCAUCGGAAUUUAUGUUAAAUAAGAAUCGUUUAUUAAGUAUUACUCAAGAAUACAGUGAUUACAAGAGCAAUAUGACAGCUAAAUUAUACGAAGAAAGUAGGAAAUAUGAAGAACAACAAGAAAAACUAAUAGGAAUGGAACUUCACUAUGCUAAGUUGGAAGGAGUCAAUAACAGUUUGUCGAAAAUGAAUGAAGAUCUAAGGUACAAUUUAGAGAAAAAGACUAAGGAGAUCCAUAACAUUCUACAGGAGAAAAUUAAUACUGAUAACUCCUUGAAAAGAAUAGAGAGUGAGAUGAAAUUUAAGAUAGAUAAAUUGAUAUAUGAAAAGAAUGAAUUAGAGAAGCAGAAUAGUGAACAUUUAAAUAUACUAGAAAUAAACAAGAAGGAAAUAGAGAAUAUUUACAUGCAAGAUUUGAAAGAGAAAGAUUUACAAAUACAAGGGCUCCACGAAGAAUGUUCUCACAAUAAAUUUCGUAUUACAGAACUUGAGAGAUUAUUGAAGAUGGCUGAAAAUGAGCAAUUAGUUGCUAGAAACUACCGUUCAUUGAUAGAGCAAUACAAGCAAAGAUUACAAAAAUUGGAGAAUGUAGAGAAAAAUUAUUCAGAGCUACAAGAUAAAUGUAAUAGCCUUGAAAAAGUUACCAAGCAGCAAAAUGAGAGAUUAGAAGAGGCUCAAACUUGGUUAGAAAGGAUGAUUGAAUUAGAACAAAUUAAUAAUACGAUUUCUCAACAAUUAAAACAAUGGGAAACUAUGGCAUUAAAGUAUACACAAAAUCUAAAUUUUAAACAAGAGAGUAGUAAUAGUAAUGGCACAAAUGAUCUAGCUCUUGACACUUUAGAUAGAUGUGGAGAUACUGAUGAUAAUCCCGUAAAAAGUGAAAAUUCAUAUAGUACUAUCUCACCAACUAGUGUGCUUAGUGCAAUUUUUGAAUUCCAAAGGAGAUAUCAGGACAUUGUUGUUUCUAAAGCAGUAUCCGACUCGGCAAAAAUUGAGCUAGAAGAUAAACUUAGGAAACUAGAAGAUGAACUACAAAACAGCCAGAGAGAUCUUAAACAAUUGAAAGAUGAAUUAAAUAUAAAAAGAAGAGAAUACAAUAAACUACUAGAAAAUAGCAAAAAACUAGAGUGUGAACUAAAAAUUGCAAUGGAAUGCCUAUCAAAAGAAGGGAAGUUUGGAAAACCAAACCCUAAUCUCUUGAAUGAUGAAAACAAUAUUAAUAAAUUGGCAUCAAAUACAGAAGUAGAUUAUACUGGAAGAGAUAUAAGUGAAGUAAAAUUAUUAGAAGAGAAGAUGAAGAUUAUUACUCAUUUGGAGAAUGAAUUAAAGUUGAGGAAUGAUGAGAUUAAGGCUUAUUGGAGUAUUAGAGUUGCUUAUGACACCUUAGCUCAAGAGAGAGAUUCACUCGUUGAAUCUUAUAGCAUGUUACAAUCACAAAAUAAUGACCUAAAACAGCAACUUUUGCUGAUAAAUGACAAACUAAAGAAAGCUGACAAAGACUUUAAUGAAGCUAAUGUGGUUUUAAGUAGAGAGGACUUGAGAGAUGUGGAAGAAAGAUACCAACAGGAACUUCAGCGUAACAGAACUUUGAAUGAGUAUUAUAUAACGGAAAAGAAUAACUUGAUAGAUGUCAUUGCAAAUAUCCUUGGAUGGAGAAUAGAGAUGACCUGUGUUGAAGGUGGUCUAACCGCCUAUAAACUAUCUAAUAUAUUUUCGCAACAUAGUGGGGAAUUGGUGUUUGUUAUACGUCCAGCACCUACAGUUAGAGGCAGUAUUUCUACUCAUAUCCAAUCACAAAGCUUAUCCCAAAGUAAUGUGACAAACUCAGCACUUCUUAUAAAUGAGACCGUCGCGGCUGAGAUGGAAGAACAGCUUACUCUAGAUUUCAUUGGUUAUUAUGCACACAAAUUCGAAAACGAUCCUAAUUGGGCAUUGCAGCUAACUGCAACUCAGUCAUAUCCAGCUUUUAUGUCUUAUACAUGCUUAGAGGAAUUUCAUCACAUUAGACUUCCCAAUUCGGAUAACCCAGAAGAAUAA